CACGUCGUCGGUAUCGAGCGAGUUCCCAAGCGCCGACGCCGGUUCUUCCUCGUUCUCUGCUUCCCUCUCUCCAACACCUUCGUUAUUCUAAAGCUACUAAACGCACAUACCGCCCAGUAAAGCGCGAGAGCCGGUGGAAGUGUGUAGAGCGUGUUGUAGAGCGUAGACGGUAUUUCAACAGGCGAUAGGUGUUGAUAUAUCAGAAGAAAAAAGAGAAAGCAAAUCAGAAGAAGGGAUAUUCUGAAGGGACCUUUCGACGAAUAAACGCGGUAGCUGGAGCAAAUCGAGUAUUAUAGAGCAACACCGUGAGAACGAAAAAAGAGAAGAUAGAGAAAGAAGACAGAACGUGAACGAGAUAAAAAGGGCAAGCGCACGCGCGCACUAAGGGCACUGAAGGGCAGAAAGGACGGACAGCAGCGGAGGAGGCCGGUCCCGGAAGUGAAAGGGUAGAGGUCGGGUACAGGGGUGGAAGAAGAGGAAGAAGCGCGAAAGGACAGCAGUAGCUGCGUAAAGGACGCACGGAGGACAGUGGUUACACUGAAAAGUCGGCGUGGUGUCAUGAGAGGCGGUCUCACGGUCCGCCCUUCUUAUCGGUCCCUCUCAGAGUCAUGCAUGUCGCGCCCCUCAAACGAGCUACCGUGGGACAUGAUCCGCAGACGAGCAAUGGUGGUCAGUUACAGCUAUCACAGCAGCAACAACAGCAACAGUUGCACUCCGGGGGUAGUUGGUUGGGGGGUAGUGCCGGCGAUAUCGGCGGUGGAUUGGUCUGCCGAUCAUCGACGGGCAGAUCGAUCAACAGCGGCAACAGCAGCAACGGCUGGGAGAGUGGCAAACUGGCGACGUUACGUCAUCCUCAACAACAACAACAGCAACAAGGCCAAUCUGGGGGUGUGGGGGAUGACGAAGACGGGGGUGGAGGGAGCGGAGGGGUGGAGGGGACGGACGCAGAGGAGAACAACGCUGUUCACCUCAAGAGACGGGUGGGACUCGUCAGUGGGGUGGCUCUAAUCGUCGGCACGAUGAUUGGCUCCGGGAUCUUCGUCUCGCCGUCGGGUCUGCUGCUGCGAACCGGCAGCGUCGGCGUGAGUUUCCUGGUGUGGACUGCGUGCGGUCUACUGAGCUUGUGCGGCGCCCUCGCGUACGCCGAGCUGGGCACUAUGAACACGAGCAGCGGCGCCGAGUACGCUUACUUCAUGGAUGCGUUCGGCGCGCCGCCGGCCUUUCUAUUCUCCUGGGUGUCUACCUUGGUGCUGAAGCCAUCGCAGAUGGCCAUUAUUUGCUUGUCGUUCGCCCAGUAUGCCGUUGAGGCGUUCGCCGCCGACUGCGAUCCACCCGACGAGGUCGUCAAGCUCGUCGCCUUAUUGGCGAUCGUCCUGAUACUUCUCGUCAAUUGCUACAGCGUGAACCUGGCGACCGGCGUGCAGAACGCCUUCACCGCCGCCAAACUGAUGGCGAUACUCGUCGUAAUAGUCGGGGGUUCAUAUAAAUUGAUACAGGGUAAUACGCAGCACCUACAGACGGCGUUCGACACCAUCGACGGCAGCACGAUCAACAUCGGCCGUCUCGCUACCGCCUUCUAUACCGGCCUCUGGGCCUACGAUGGCUGGAAUAAUCUCAACUACGUGACCGAAGAGAUCAAAAAUCCUUCCAAGAACUUGCCCAGGUCUAUCAUGAUCGGCAUACCCCUUGUCACGCUCUGCUACGCGCUUAUCAAUGUCUCCUACUUGGCGGUUAUGUCACCUUCUGAGAUGAUCGAGAGCGAGGCCGUAGCGGUGACAUUCGGCAAUCGGAUACUGGGCGUCAUGGCGUGGCUGAUGCCACUUUCCGUGGCAAUUAGCACAUUUGGAUCCGCCAAUGGUACCCUGUUCGCUGCGGGUAGGCUCUGCUUCGCUGCGUCAAGAGAAGGACACUUGCUCGACUGCUUGAGCUAUGUGCACGUACGACGUUUCACUCCCGCCCCAGGCCUCAUCUUCCAUUCCCUCGUAGCAGGUGCGAUGGUUCUUUCCGGCAACAUUGAUUCGCUGAUUGACUUCUUCUCGUUUACUGCUUGGAUAUUUUACGGCGGCGCAAUGCUUGCCCUGCUGGUAAUGCGGAGGACCAGGCCCAAUCAUCCACGACCGUACAAAUGCCCAUUGUUGAUACCGGUAUUGGUGCUCGGCAUUUCUGCGUAUCUGAUAGUGGCGCCGAUCAUCGACAAACCGCAGAUCGAGUACCUGUAUGCGGCCGGCUUUAUUGGUGCGGGCAUGCUUGUCUACCUCCCGUUUGUCAAGUUUGGAUACGUGCCCAAAUUCAUGGAAGGCGUCAAUGCCUUUCUCCAAAUGUUACUAGAAGUGGCUCCGACGGCGGUUGCCUUCGACUGAUUUCACUUUGAGAGAUCAACGACAGUUCUCCAGAAUGCCGAAUCAUUCCAUUGUGGCAUUGUGAACUGCGUACAUGAAUAACCUAUUUUAAAUAUGCAUACAGACAAGAGCAUAUAUAUCCUAUUGCAGAGCUCAAGGCUGGCCCCUAUCCUUAAAAUUAAAGAAAAAAGAGAAGACCCAUAAAAAAUAUGAGAAUAUUAUUUUAUUACUUGUUAUUCUUCGUACAUAGUAUACAACACACAGAAAAGAUGUUACUGUUAGAUAUAGAUAGUUGAUGUUGUAACAAGAGACAGCAAUGAAUCGACAAAAUAUUUUAAA